AUGCUUCUUUGUUCUGCACAUCUCACUGUGGAUGAUGGGAGUCCGGAAAGUCUGAGGGUGCGUUGGGCUAGAAUCAUGGGAACGGCUUCCUUGUGUCACCACCACUCAGGCGAAAGCUACAGUGAUCGGGUCAAGCUGUCUUGUGACAGCACUUUAGUCAUCGACACAUCCGGGGAGAAGUAUCAGACUAGCUAUUGGGAUAUGUAUGGAGGAGUUUGGAGAGGAAUCAAACAAUAUGAAACUGCACUCUGUGCGCAUUGCGAGCUCUGUGAUACAUCCCAGGCACUCAUCUCGUCCGGUCCAACACAGCAUAGAUCGUAUGCGCUUGUUCGGUUUUCGUCGUAUGGACUGUGGAAGCAAAAAUGUCCCCGUAUCGCCAUCAACUCCAUGCUCCUGAGGCCUAGCGCUUAUGCACUGCAUCUCGCCAUUCUUUCAGCCUGGAUUUUGCUUCGACUUCAACGUCUUGUUCGGAAGUACGCACAUUCGAAAGAGACUUGCCACGCUCAUCGCGCCUCGAAUUGUACCAUGCUACACAACCGUCAGCACUCGUCCACUCGCGCGUCUUUCCCCAGCGGUAUGCAACGCUCUUCAUGCAGCGCUUCUUCACACGCACACAGACACUGCUCGAACCCUCCUCUUGUCCGUUUCCACGACUCCCCUCUCUUUGCCUUCUGUUCUCAUCGUCUGCGCCCUCAACCCCAGUCACAACCACCAGCUCGCACAAAGAGUAAUGCAAACCACUUACCGGUUGGUCCUCUGCUUGUACAGAACACGGUGCCCGCACUGUCUGCAGCGGAUAGGCUCGCCGCGCUUCAGAGGAACGUCCUGGUCGCAGUCGCCGCACUUGUAGUGCACGGUGCGCGCGUUGAUGUCGACCUGCUGCUGAGCCUCGGAGGUGUUGGCUCCGCUGUAGCCGCCAUACUGUUGUGUGGACAUGUUGAGAGUUUGGUGCUGGGAAGCGGUCGCGAAGGCGGUAAGAGGAGUAUGCGGUGA